AUGCUGUUCCCUAUCCGCUCUGUUUUUAAAUGUUCUAAUUUUAGAUUAAUGGACCAGACUCGAGGACACUCAGCGCAAUUGCGUUUUUUUUCUUCGGCACAACGCCCUUAUUCUUCAAAUAUUUACUCAACUCCUCCUCCAAAUUAUCCUUAUCAGCAUCAACGAUUACAACAACAACAUGUUGGUAUUAGCUUGAAACGUCCUCGGCAUUAUGACGAUGAUGUUGGAGAGAGUGGUGCUUCAGAAGAUUAUGUUAAUGUCGAUCAUACACCUGUGGCGCAAGCGUUAACGCCACAUUUUUAUUUACGGCAACGUUCAACAGACAAAACUAGAGGCUUGCGUCAUUUUGCGCACAAAGUUUGCGAAAAAGUUAAAAACAAAGGACAAACUAACUACAACGAAGUAGCUGAUGAAUUAGUUACAGAAUAUUUCGAUAAUUCUGUUAUGCCACAAGACCCGGAAAAAUAUCAAUAUGAUGUUCGAAAUAUUCGUCGUCGGGUUUAUGACGCAUUAAAUGUUUUAAUGGCGAUGAAUAUAAUUGAAAAAGAGAAAAAAGAAAUUCGUUGGGUUGGAUUACCAACAUCUUCAUUAGCUGAAUGUCGACGUCUCGAAGAAGAAUUGGCACAACGAAAAGAGCGAAUUCGACAGAAAACUGAGCAAUUACAGGAAUUAAUUGUUCAGUCUGAGUAUUGGUUUAAUUUUGAUCGACCUUUUGAAAUUCAUGACGAUAUUGAAGUUUUAAAACGUCUUGGUUUGGCUUAUGGAAUAGAGCGAGAUGAAGUUCCUGCAGAACAUGUUCCACAUAUUAAAGCUUGUUUGCCUCCUGCAUUACGUGAUUAUGUUGAUCAAAUUGUUGAAGGAACAUUAACAAGUACCGAUAUUAGCCAGCCAACUGAAACUGUCUCCAAGGACACAUUUAAUGAUUCUUCGAAUUCAAUUUCCAAAUUUCAAUCACCGCCGACUGCCACAGCUGAUCCAAUAAUUGUUCGUGCCACUCGUGCAAAUCUAAGUGGAGUUGCGCCAACAGGUGAUGGUGGUCCGUUGGGCAGUUUCUUGUCGCCAAUGUCAAAACAAGUUCAACCCCAAUCAGCCUCUAAUUUGGUUCAAAUUCAACAACAGCAGCCAAUUGCUAGAUGUACAGUUAUUCCUAGACCGGUUAAUACGCGUUAUUCUCCUCGUUAUUGGCAACAUCCAGUAAUUGCGUCGAGACAACCAGUAAUUUCAACGCAACUUCCAAUUCGUCAUCAUCAGCAAAUACGUCGUCCUCAACAGCGUCUUGGUGGUGUCUUACAUUAUGAAGUACCGAUAAACCCGCCACGUGUUCAACAAAUAUAUCAACAACCAUAUCGUUUUGCAUAUCCUCGGAUUGGUUAUGGUUCUCGACAAAUUGCCCAGAGACAGUAUUCUCAAAUGCAAACUGCUAAUGGGAGAAUGAUGAAUAAUUAUCAGCUUUUUGAUCGAAACGAAACUGGUUAUGCAAGAGGUUUCCAACAUCAACAACAAUAUUAUGAUGAUGAGGUGAUAGAAAGUUCUGGACAACAAUUACAACAACAAUCAAUAAUCUCUGGUGCUGUGGAAGAAGAGGUAGUUGUAGUAACUGAUAAUUAA